UUGUGCUUUUCCGCUCCACCUAACUAGCUAACUAGCUUCAGUAGCAACUUGAGAAUAGCUCACAAACCUUGUCAGAAUUAGCUACAGUUCAGCACAGUUGAGGCACCUUUAUGUUUGCCAGGUGUUGAGGGCGCUGUACGCAUCUCUCUCUGAAACAGCCGAGUCUUGGAACUCUAAAGUGGGGUGUCCUUCGCUUUUGAGUACACUUUGCUGACACUGGCUGCAACACUGUGACUUUUUUGUGAUCUAGAGGGGACCCUAUCAGAGCAAGGGCUCAAACUGUUGCUCCAGGUCCCCUCUAACUUAGUAAGAGUGUGUGUUGAGUCGACUGGAGACUCUCAACUUGUCCAGCUAAGAUGUCCUCCAUCUUGCCAUUCACCCCUCCGGUGGUGAAGAGGCUACUUGGGUGGAAGAAGUCAACGAGCGGCCCAGGGGGAGCGGGUGGAGGAGAACAGAAUGGCCAGGAGGAGAAAUGGUGUGAAAAGGCAGUGAAGAGCUUAGUGAAGAAGCUCAAGAAGACAGGCCAGUUGGAUGAGUUGGAGAAAGCAAUCACCACACAGAACUGCAACACCAAAUGUGUUACCAUCCCCAGCAAUUGCUCUGAAAUAUGGGGACUGAGUACACCAAAUACGAUAGAACAGUGGGAUACAUCAGGCCUAUACAGCUACCCUGACCAAACCAGGUCCCUGGAUGGACGCCUUCAGGUCUCCCACAGGAAGGGGCUUCCCCAUGUUAUCUACUGCCGCUUGUGGCGAUGGCCGGACCUUCACAGUCACCAUGAGCUGCGUGCCAUGGAGGCCUGCGAGUAUGCCUUUCACCUCAAGAAAGACGAGGUCUGCAUCAAUCCCUACCACUACCAGAGAGUGGAGACACCAGUGCUGCCUGCUGUUCUUGUGCCAAGACACUCAGAAAUCCUGCCAGAGUUGCCACCUCUGGACGACUACACUCAUUCCAUACCUGAGAACACAAACUUUCCUGCGGGAAUUGAACCUCCAAACAACUAUAUACCAGAAACUCCUCCACCUGGUUACAUCAGUGAGGAUGGAGAGGCCAGCGAUCAACAGAUGAAUCAAAGUAUGGAUACAGGUUCUCCAGCAGAGCUCUCACCGAGUACUCUAUCUCCUGUCAAUCACAGUAUGGACCUGCAGCCGGUGACUUACUCUGAGCCAGCCUUCUGGUGCUCUAUAGCCUACUAUGAGCUGAAUCAGCGUGUGGGGGAGACCUUUCAUGCCUCGCAGCCCUCUCUCACAGUGGAUGGAUUCACAGAUCCAUCCAAUUCUGAGCGUUUCUGCUUGGGCUUGUUGUCUAAUGUAAACAGGAAUGCCACUGUGGAAAUGACUAGAAGGCACAUAGGAAGAGGAGUUAGACUGUACUAUAUUGGAGGGGAAGUAUUUGCUGAAUGCCUCAGUGAUAGUGCCAUCUUUGUUCAGAGUCCAAACUGCAACCAGCGUUACGGAUGGCAUCCAGCAACAGUGUGCAAAAUUCCCCCAGGUUGUAAUUUAAAAAUCUUCAAUAACCAGGAAUUUGCAGCUCUACUGGCUCAGUCAGUCAACCAGGGUUUUGAGGCUGUCUACCAGCUUACAAGGAUGUGCACCAUCCGCAUGAGCUUUGUUAAAGGCUGGGGAGCAGAAUAUAGGCGGCAGACUGUCACAAGCACCCCUUGCUGGAUUGAGCUGCACUUGAAUGGUCCCUUGCAAUGGCUGGACAAGGUUUUGACCCAGAUGGGUUCGCCGUCAGCACGUUGCUCCAGUAUGUCCUAGACAGCUUGGGAAACUCCAAAAAAACAGCCAAUUACAAAGAUCAGUACAUUUUAAAGUUGUGAGUUCUUUAAUGGAAACAACACAACGUCCCCAUCAACCUAUAGAAUAACUUUUAUGUAUCAUAUUUCAUAGUAUUUGUGGCUAUGUUCCACAUCCAUAUUUUAACACAAACACACUGAAGAACAAAUGUUCACUCUUACACACACACACACACACACACACACACACACACACACACACACACACACACACACACACACACAGACUUUUCAGAGAAAGAAAAAUAAACAAUAAUUUGGCACUUUGUUACCAUUUAUGUCAUGCACCUUGUUAAACUCUCCCCCUAAAUCUCUAAUAUUAGAUCUAUUUGUGGUACAAAUAAAAUGUAUAUUGAUUUUUAGUCCAGGAAGUAGAGGAAAUACCAAAAAUAUCUGUGAAUAGUUUCUCAGUAUUGAAGGUUGCUUGUAUGAGCAAAAUAAGCUUGAAUGAUUUUGUUCCAGCCCCACCCCCAUCAUUGUUCUCAAUGUUAAGUUUACUUUUCUCUGGGAAACUUGGUCUCCAUCUUUAGUGAGGGGACGCGGCUUGGUGAAGAGACGAUGGCCUCUGUGGCUGUUUUUUCUCUAAAAACGUUGCGAUGUCUUCAAAUUUGAUUGAUUGACUCUGCUGGCACGGCCCUUUCUCCUACUUGUGUCUCGAUAUAAGACAUACCUCUGGACAGACAAAUAGGAAUGUUAUGUUGCGGGCAAAAGGUUUUGUGUGUUGUGUUUUUUUUUUUUUUUUUUUUUUUUUUUUUUUUGUUUUUUGUUUUUUUAAGCCCGUUACUUCCCAAAAACCCUUAGCAAACUGUAAACUCAGUCUGGCUAUAGUUUUCUUUAGUUGUCAUUAUAUGGCAUCAGACCUGUCUUUGGGUUAGUUGAGUUCACAUGCUCAGAACCUGGUGUGGAACGUGGAGAGAUGUUGAUGAGGCUCUACAGGAUGAACUGGGCAGGGACCAGAGAAUAUCAAAUCUCAAAUGCGUUUUCUCCCUUUUUGACAUGACGUGGGGGCUCUCCAUGGUGACACAUUAACGGCCUCACCAGGAGAAAAUGAAGGCAUCAAAUAAUCCAUUCUGUUUUAGCCUAUAUCCCAAUUGUUUUGCUACUUUUUGUAUUCUCUUGUAUUUUAUAUAUAAAUAUUCUUCAUUUCUGUUCACCUUUUAAUUAAGUUCAUAUUUUCCGAACCACAGUUGUUUUUAAAGUGACGAGGGGCAUGGAUCUUUCCUUAGUUUCAGCCAAAUUCAAAUUUAUGUCCCAUAGCAGCUUUGUCUUUGUACAAAAAAAAAAAAGAAAAAUCAACCAAAAAACAGGAAAUAUCACUGGCCCCCAUUAAUGUGUACCCUGUUGCGUUUGUUUAAUUUUUUCCCCAAAGAAAUCUGGUUCAUUUAAAGUACAUAAAACAACAGAUCUGUGUGAAAACUUGCAGUGGUUCUAAUCAUCGCAGAGCCGUGUAAAAUUAAUGGCCAUUUUUUUCCUUCUUUAAAAACACGUAACCUCUUGUAGCCUUUUGGUGCUUAGUCAAGCUGGUUAAGGUCAACAAAAUGUUACACAAACAUGGGAGGAGAGUGGUUUUCCUCCAUGAGAAAAGAGCGAAUGUGCCUGCACACUAGAACAUUCUGUGUUAAUGUGUGUAAUGUAUUUGUUCUGUCUAUAAACAGUAUGUACAACAUGACUGAUUAGCUUAAACUCUGCCAUUAUUGUCAUUACGUGGCUGUUGCGAGUUUAACAUGUUUCCUCGCCUCCCUCGUCUUUGGUGUAAAUGUGUUUACCUUAUGGCACUAGUGAUUGUACUUUAAGUGCACCUAGUGAAGAUGGGACUUGGCGAGCUGAACCACGUGUUAGGGUCCAGUGUUGCAUUGUUUUUUAUCUUUGGCCUACAACAUAUGAAUGUGAAAAAAAAUUCAUUACAGAAACUGACGUGGACCAGACGUACAUAUACAUAACAGUAGUACAGUAUGUGUGUAAUUAACAGUAAUCCUUUUGCAAAAUGAAUCCGUACAGUAGAUGUCGCAGUUGUUUUACCAGUAGAGGGCGGUAUUGAUAGAGCAGUUCUCUUUUUCUGACCAUAAGCUUCUCAGGCGUGUGGCAUAUUAUGCAGACUUCAUAAAAACACUAAUAAAGAUUUUUAUUCUAAUGA